AUGCUUCCGGCAAGACAUCUGAGCCGGCUCAGGGCGACCCGGGCUGUGCGCGCCUCCGUUCCGCGCAUGUCUCGUCACCAGAACGUGCGCUUCCAGUCCACAGCCCCCUCCUCGGAACCAGGAUCGGGCGGCUCCCACUUUGUGUCUGGAGCGGUCGGCGGCGUCGUCGGCGCCGCUGUCCUCUUUGGUUUCUAUUCCUUCACACCUGCCGGUCAGACGGCGAGCAAGGUCAACAAGGCUGCGGCCGAGGUGACCAAGACGUACAACGCGGCGGCCGAAAAGCUGCAAAAGAGCACGCCCAACGCGGCCGAGGCGGCCGAGUCGAUGAAGCAGUUUGCCUACACAUACGUGGCCUGGGUCCCCGGCGGAAGGGGCUACGUCGAUGUCGCCUUCAACGACUGGGAGGCCGUCCGCGAGAAGCAUCAGGAUGAGGCCGAUCGCAUCGUCAACGAGGCCUAUCGGCAGCUUCAGGCCGUAUCCAAGGGUGGCUUGAGCAUGGAGACGGCCGUCAAGGCCUGCGACGUCAUCGCCGACAUGUCCAAGAAGAUUGCCAGCCUCUCGGGCGACGCCGUCUCGGAUCUGCUCAACAACCACCCGCAGGUGAAGGAGAAGUUGGGCGGCAGCAUCGAGCAGCUGCAGAACAUGGGCAGGAGUUACGGCCCGGAGGCGAAGAAGCAGGCGACCGAGACGUGGGACAAGCUCAAGGAUAUCCUGACGAGCGGCCUCGGCGCCGACAAGGUCGAGGAGGCGCGCAAGCUCGUGCAGGAGACGGUGGACCGACUGAAGAAGCUCGGUGACGAGGCCUGGAAGAAGGGGCUCGCCGAGGCGAAGCCGUACCUGGACAAGAACGCCAAGGCCAAGGAGCUCAUCGAGAAGAACGCGGAGGCGCUGAAGCAGAGCAACAUUGGCGAGCUCUUCCGCAAGGUCCGCUCCGCCGUCGACUCCGGGGACGUGAGCGAGCUGCAGAGAUACGUCAAGUCUGUUGCCGAUGGCCUUGCCGACAAGGGGUCCGAGGCGGCCGGCGGCGUCGGGCUCGACAAGUACCUGAAGAUGAUACCCCAGGGCGACGAGUUGGUUCCCAAGCUGCAGCGGAUGGGGCAGAUUGCGGAGAAGCACCGGGACGAGGGCGAGAGGCUGCUCAAGGAGACGGUUGAGGAGCUGACAAAGGUGCUGGAGACGAAGUCGCAGGAAGCGCAGGGCAUCGUCGAUCGAGCCAAAAAGGAGACCAAGUAG